AUGUCUCCAAUUACUCAGGCUAUGAUUGAUCAAAUCGUCAAAGAAUGUUUACAAUCAUUUCAGUCCUUACCUAAAACGGGGAAGCCUCUUAAUUGCGAAUGGACUGUUCUGACUUGUAUAAUCCAACGAAACACAGAAAGUGGAAAAUACAGAGUGGUAUCAAUCGGUACUGGAUCAAAAUGCAUUGGAGCCACAAAAAUGUGUCCCGCGGGUUAUAUUUUAAAUGAUAGUCACGCAGAAGUAAUGGCUCGUCGAGGGUUUCUCCUAUAUUUGUAUCAAAAUAUUGAAUUGUGCUUGGAUAAUAAAAAUUCCAUAUUUCAAUUGGUUGACUCAAAGUGUAAAUUAAAGGAAAACAUUGAAUUUAUUUUCUAUUGCUCUCAACUACCCUGUGGAGACGCAUCUAUUGUUUGUAAAGAUGAGGUUAGUGAUGAAAUUGGUGAUAUCAUUCCAUCUAUGAAGAGGUCAAUUCAAGAUACUGGAAAUGAAUGUGAGGAGAAGAGAUCUAGAUUAGACAUACACAGGACAGGUGCAAAAUGCCUACAAGACUCGAUUCAGGAUCUUAAGUUACCUGGUGCAGAAUACCAUAUUUUAGGACAAGUAAGAACAAAACCAGGCAGAGGGGACAGAACAUUAUCUGUGUCAUGUAGUGAUAAAAUAGCUCGUUGGAUCCAUUUAGGUAUUCAAGGAAGCUUAAUUUCACUUUUAAUGGAUGAACCAAUUGUCCUAAACCAUUAUAUAUUUGGAAAUGGUGUACCUUAUUCAGUGGACAGCCUUAAGAGGGCAUUGUGUAUGAGGAAUUUAAAAAUUAUAGAAUCUAUAUCCAAUGUACAUUUUUAUCAGAGCACAAUCACUUUUCCAUAUAUCAAAACAGAAGAAUGCUUAAGGCCUGCACCAUGCAGUAUUGUUUAUAUAGAUAUACAUAGUGGGACUUCCGAAGUUGCCGUGCAAGGAAAAAAGCUUGGAGUGACCAAAAAGCAAAAACAAUCAUUGUGUAUUUACUUAUGCAUAUGUAAAUAUAAUUUAUAUAAAAGGUUUCAAGAAAUUUUGGUGAAGAAUAAAACGUGGUGUGAAGAAAUAUGUGGAUCAACUUCAUUGCAAAAUAUUUGUUAUAAUGAAAUGAAACAAAAAUCAGUAAAAUAUAAUAAUAAAUGGAAAGAAAUCAAACAUUCGUUCUUUCAAAGGUGGACUGUUAAACCAGAUAUAUUUGCUUUUAAAGUAUCUUAG